CCAGUGCUGUGGCCCUGGACCGCUACCCUCUGUGUCCUACUGCUCCAACUUCGUGUCCUAUGGCCAUGGCCUCAUCCCUGCGUGUCCCUCUGCUGCUCCUGGCUGCCCUGCUCUUGGGCCUGGCCAUGACCCCCAUGGCCUUGCUGUCCUCCAGAUCUUCACUACAUCUAAUGGGGAACCUGGAAGAUGGAGACCCUAAUGAUGAAGAGGUGCAAUAUGUAGUGGACUUCGCCCUCGAAGAGUACAACCAGGGCAGCCAAGACCCAUACCUCUUCCGCUUGUCACGGGUGGUGCGUGUCCGUCAACAGGUGGCAGCUGGCAUGAACUACUACCUGGAUGUGGAGAUCGGCAGAACCACCUGUGCCAAGGACCAGCCCACCCAGGAUGACUGUCCCUUCAGUGAGGAGCCGCAGAAGCAGCUCUGCUCCUUCAAGGUCUACUUCAGGGCCUGGGAACACUACUUGGUCCUGACAAGUUCCAGGUGUCAGAAGGUUUGAGGUUCUAUCCAGGCC